GGACACGGCACACGCAUCAAGCAGCAGUCACCCAACCAGACUUUGAUGGCCAUGGCCCCGAGGCCCCCGAGCAGCUGCUCUGCCCGUCCCAGAUCUCCGGGCGCCGCCGUCUGGUUCCUCCCGGCCGCCGCCCUCCUCCUCGUCGUCCUCCUCCGCUGGCAGCGCAUGGGCUCCUACCCUCCCGUCUCCCCUCGCGGCUCCGGCUCCGUGCCGGCCCGGCGCGCGGAGCUGUACUCGAAGAUGGCGCGGGACCUCGACGAGCGCGGCGCGGCGUUCCUCAGGGGCGGCGAGACGUCGCAGUCGCUCACGCUGUCGGACCUCUUUGACACCGGAGAUGACGGAGCCAUCGUGCCCAGGCUCAAGGCCGCCGACCCACCAGUGCGCGCAAAUGUGCUCCAUCUGGACCCGGAAUUCGCCACUGUGAUCUCGAAGGCUGUCAAGGAAGUAUUUCUUCCUUAUUUUGAUCAAGUUAUAUGGUUCCAAAAUACAAGCAUGUACCACUUCAGUAUGUUUCACGCCUCUCAUCACUUGGAGCCCAUUGUAGCAACUGAUGCCGAGAUUGAAGCUGAAGUGGAGGCAGUAAAAAGAGUCACCCAGACUGUUUGUCCUCUUAAAAUUGUAUUGGAUCGAGUGGUUUUAACGUCAACUGGUGUUCUUCUUGGCUUGUGGCAGGUUGAAUCUGGUACUGAUCCUGGAGAAAUCCGCUCAAGAUUGAGAGAAGCUCUCCCGCGAGCACCUCAAAAGCAACUGUAUGAUCCUGUUCUGCUUCACACCUCGUUUGCACGAAUCCUGGGACAUCCUAAGCUCCCAGAAGAGCAAAGUGCGCCAUCUUUUGAUCACGUCAAGUUCUUCCAUGGGCUGGUUGCUCAAGUUAAUGAGAAGAUUCAUGGCUUCCAGGCGACAGUAUCAGAGCUAUGGUAUGUUGAAGAGUAUGAUGUUCUUGCGCUGGCACUGAAUGGAAAGAUGAAAGUAUGGAGGCUCCACCUUGGCUGCAACCGUCAGGGCAAUGAAAAUUCAUAAAGAGGUCAUGAGAGUGGGAAAGAAUUAGGAGAUACACUUUGCAGUGCCUGCUUAUAGUGGCCAAGUAAAAUUUUGAUUGCAUGGCACACAUGAUGGGACCACCUCAACCAUGUGUUCUGCCAAGCUCCAAGUGCUCUAGAGUCUGAAACUGGAAAUACCAACAACUUACAAGCCAUAUCGAUGAACGUUUAUGUAGGAACUAUGCAUUUUUCCGUCAUAUGUAGUAUAAUUGUUUAAGCACGAGUUUUAGCUGCUAUGUAGUGUUUUGCAACUUCUGUUCAUAUACAUUAGAUGAUACUGAAAAUUUCAUGGAUGUAUGUACUGAACCUCAUGUAUAGACGGCUCUACAUAGCUUUGGCCCAAAAGCCAAUACUCCUUCCAGUCUCAGAAAAAGAGUGAUAAAUAUCA